AUGAGCGUUGAAGCUAGGAUCAUGGGCUUGAGAUACGGCUUCAUUGUGGCAAACAAGCCGACAUAUUUGAAUCUAGUGGAUAAGAUUUGCGAAAUUCAUGAUAAGGCUCACUGUGACGCUUGUCAUUCAGGGGAUAAUUAUCACUGCCAAUAGGAUUAUCUCAGCAACCGCUUCAGCGCCUUGAAAUCACCGGCCAGCAAACCAGGAGAAAGGGCACCUGAAGCACAACCGCAGAGCGGCAGAAAGCCGGAAAAUGCGAACUGCUUCAUGGCACUGUGUAGUUCGACAAAAUACAGUAGU